AUGUUUCGACCACCACUGAAGGACCAACAGUCCCCUCUGUGGCAGAAGGCUCUCGAGAACUUUCGCGAAGAGCUUGCCGGAGAUGACGACCUUGCAAUGAUCCUCGGGACAAAAGGUGUCGAAGAAGUGCUUCAAGAUGCUAAAUUACUACAGCCUGUUGGAUCUCCAGGGAGGAAGGCGCUGGAAUCGGUCAAUAGACUGAAGCCGAUGAUCAAAUUUGUCAAUGAUUUCUCCGCCGUGCUGGCAGUCACCUUCGGCGCCGACACUGCCAUGACAGCUGUGGUCUGGGGCAGCAUUCGAAUGAUACUAACAUUGGCCUCUUCUACCAGUAACACGCUUCAGGAAGUUUGCGACAUGCUUGAGGAACUCAGUCUGACAUUGCCUCGCUUUCGGACGUAUGAGCAGACGCUCCCAAUGAGUCAAGAAUUGGAGGACUCACUGCUUGCGGUCUAUACAGAGGUCAUCUGCUUCUAUGCGCGAGCAAUUCACUUCUUCCGCGGCCACAAGCACGUUCACAUUGUCCGAAACUCCUGGCCAGAGCUGCGUGGAGAUUUUAAUAGAACGAUCCAGCGGAUACGUCGGCUUUCAUCGACCGUUGAGAGCGAGGUCGAGCUCACGCGCAUGCGCAGGGAUAACCAGAAAUAUCACGAGAUCCUCGAACUCAUGUCUACAAUACACACUCAGAAAUCUGAACCUGAGAAGAAAAGAUACUACUACCUUCCCUUUAGCGAAAACUCUCGAUUCUGGGGCCGUGAGGACAUCCUUUCCCAGAUCCAAAGCUCGUUGGAUGUGGAAGGAAAAGCCACAUUACGGUCGUUUGCGCUCCAUGGAAUGGGGGGAGUUGGAAAAACACAGGUCGCUCUGAGAUACGCAAAUGAUUCGCGUAGCAAGUAUGACGCAAUAUUCUGGCUUGCUACAGACAAUCUUGUUACGAUUGGACAAGUAAUGCUGGGAGUGAAAGACUGGCUCGCGGAGACGAAUAAUGCCGACGACCUGGAACUAGCAAAACACGCUUGGCCGAGAAGCUCCUCGGGCUCCAUCCUGGUAACAAGUCGUGACUCGAAUGCAGCCUUUGCCCUUGCUUCGGAUGGCUGUCUGGUCAAGCCUUUUGAAAUUGAAACUGGUUCGGCCGCGCUGCUAAACUUCCUCGGUGCUGAUAGUACAUCAAAUCCCAAUCGAGAGGAAGCAAAAGCAAUUACCACUGCCCUCGGCGGGUUACCCCUCGCACUCAAUCAAAUAGGAGGCUUCAUGGUACACCGAAAAGUUCCCCUGCAUAAAUUCCUAGCCCUGUACAAAAGAAACGCGGCGAGUAUCGAUAGCAAAGGCGCGAGAAAUAUGGACUAUAGUCAUACCCUGGCAACAGUGUGGGAAAUGUCCCUGGAGAAGCUUUCUGGAAACGCAAAGGCGCUUCACAUGUUGCUGUCCUUCCUCGAUCCAGACUGCGUUCAAGAAUCUUUGCUGAGAGAAGAGUCGGGCAGUAUACAAAAUCCUGAGCUCGAAUUCCUACAGGAUGAGAUGGAGAUUCUCGACGCAGAAGAAAUUUUGCUCCAAGUUGGGCUUGUUCAGAAGUCUGAGGAGAAUGAAGUACUUUCUAUUCACCGACUUGUCCAGACAGCUGUCAUCAGACGAAUGAGUGCUAAGGAACAGCAAGCUUACUUUGGCGCAGUUGUCGACCUUCUUUUCCCUACUUUCCCUGAUACAUACAGUGCCGACUUAGGUUAUCAGGUUGCUUCAUCGUCACGAUGCGAGAGAAGCCUUCCUCAUCUGCACAAUCUUGUGAAGCAAAACGAAAAGUUCAAUGUUUACGUUGGGAAUAACCAGAAGUUUGCGGAACUCCUAUUGCGUUGCUGCUGGUAUCUUUACGAAAAGGAGAACUACAACACUGCACGAAGCUACCUCGAGGCAGCUAUGGGGGUAUUUUCCGAUCGUGGCACACUAGCAUAUGCAAGCGCGGUCGAGUUGCAAGGCCUUAUAGAGCUUGAUCUUGGCCACCCACAGCUCGCUCUAGGAUCUCUUGAACAAGCGCACAACUGCCGGGUUGCACUACUCCCAGCCGACGAUUCGUUCCUGGCAGCCAGCUUUGUCGAAAUUGGCCUCGCUUAUACUGAGAUCGGGGAUCUAGACAGGGCACAUGAAUACCUUCAGCGAUCCAUCGACAUCCGCUUGGAAGCCAAGAGCGAGAGAAUAGGAAACUCGUACAGCAACAUGGCCAGUCUACUACUACGCAUGGGAAAGCCCGAUAACGCAGAGGAGAUGCUCAAGAGGUGUCCGUCCCUGAAGGAUUUCACGGACGACACUUUUCUCAAAACCGGCAACCCUCGGUUCUCUGGGGAUAUGGUGUUGCUUGCCCGUAUAAGAAUGGAACAGGGCUUACACGACGAUGCCCUUCGGCUUGCUUCUAAAGCUCUGAUGUUUCGAAGAGGGUGCUUGGGUGAGCGUCUGAAAGUCUGCGACUCCCUGUACCAGGUUGCAGAUAUCUUGCAACACGGAGGAAACUCAGCUUCAGCAAUCCAACUGCUCACAGAGUGUGUCAAGAUAUCUGAAGCUCUUCUAGAAUCCGAAGGUCAGAGGCACCUAGCGCGAGCGCUUUUCAAGCUAUCCAAGGUGUUCGAGUCGCAGGGGUGUAUUCCAGAGAGUGCUGAGUAUAUGGAACGAGCUGUCACCGUCAAGGACAAUAUCUACAAGAGAGAUGGAUGCGAAACAAGUACAAGUGCAUCCAACUUCGGAGAUCUCGUCCCAUGGAUGCUCUGGUAA